AUGAACAAUUCACUAAAUUCUCUUAAUCCUAAUGCACUUCGAAUGCGAAGAAUGAGAGAAAAUAAUACACCUGAGGAGCGUGAGGAACGCCUUGCUCGUGAUCGUCAACGAAAGCGUCAAAAGCUAGCAGUAGAAACUGUCGAUGAACAUGAAACACGUCUAGCUCGAAUACGAGAUCGAUAUAGUUAUAAAACUCCAGCUCAAAAUACAUCAAUUAUACAUGAGAAGAAUACUUCGAAGGAUGCUAAUAAUUGUCUUAACGAUCAAAAUCAAAAUGCUACUCAAGUUAAUAAAAUCCAAUAUGCUAAAUCUCUUCUUUACAUGGCACCUGUAGAAAAGCUUUCUACAUUAGAUAGAAG